CAUGACUCGAUCACAUUCUUGAUUCACGACUUCAAAUUGUUGAUUCACCAUCGAUCUUGCUCAUUCGCAAGUUCGCAAGUUCGUCGAGUCAUCUCUGAGCAUUCGCAACAGAACAGUCUGAUUUCAAUCUCUGUCUUGCUGUUGCCAUACUUUGGCUCGCAUCAACCCUGCCUUUGACUCGAGGUCACCCUCGAGCACAGCACAGCAAUUUGUCUGUUGCAACCUAAGCUAGACUCUCCCAUACCUUCUACCUCACCACCACCAACCUUGCAUCCUCUCUGUAUCUCUCUUCCCUGGCCUGCCUACUCGCUUUCCUCGUCAUGCUCUAUCUUCUCGACUACGGAGCAGGCAAUGUUCGUAGCUUGGCCAACUCGAUUCGCAAGUUGGGCCACGACUUUAAGUGGGUCACUUCUCCAAAUGACUUGCAAAGCGACAAUGUCACCGCCUUGCUGUUUCCCGGCGUUGGCGCAUUCGGGCCUGCCAUCGAGUCAUUGUCAAAGUCAGGCUACCUGACCGCACUGCACGACUACAUUCGAUCAGGCAAGCCGUACAUGGGCAUUUGCAUUGGCAUGCAGGUCCUCUUCCAGUCCUCUGACGAAGCUCCGGGCGUUCAGGGUCUCGGCGUCGUGCCCGGCAAGGUGCAGCGCUUCGAUGAAAGGGAUCGCGGCAAGAGCGUACCUCACAUGGGCUGGAAUCGAGCAAACACAGUCGUCGAUGCAUCCUUCGCUUCGCAAUUUGGUCUUUCGGACGAGCAAGCGCACCCACAGCACUUUUACUUUGUCCACAGCUACAGGGCUGCCGUUGUUCCUGACCAGCACGAACGGUGGGCUCUCACCACUACGCAGUACGGCACGGAACUAUUUCUCUCCUCGAUCGCCAACGAAAACGUUUUUGCCACUCAAUUCCACCCAGAGAAGAGCGGCAGGGCGGGCUUGGAGGUGCUCAAAGCUUGGCUCGAUCGUGCAGCGGGCUCAAGCACCAGUUUGAGCCCGCCGCAAAGAGGCGUGCUUCCCAAGCCACUUUCUCAAGCCGUCCAACCGGCUCAGAAGGAUGGCUUGACGAAGCGUGUCGUGGCUUGUCUGGAUGUGCGAAGCAACGACCAAGGCGAUCUGGUGGUGACGAAAGGCGAAUCUUACGAUGUGCGCGAGCAGUCGACGAGUACGGAUGCCGGAGGAAGGGCGGUCCGAAAUCUUGGCAAGCCAGUCGCGUUGUCGGAGAGGUACUACCAGGAAGGAGCAGAUGAAGUGUGCUUCCUCAACAUCACCUCAUUCCGGUCGGCCGCACUCCGCGAUCAGCCCAUGUUGGCAGUCGUCGAGGCUGCUGCUGCAUGCGUGUUUGUUCCUCUCACUGUGGGCGGGGGCAUCAAAGACACCGUCGAUCCCGACGGCACCAAACGUUCAGCCAAGGAGGUAGCUGAUGCGUACUUUAGAGCUGGGGCCGACAAGGUCAGCAUUGGCAGCGAGGCCGUCCAUGCCGUCCUGGACCUUAUUUCGGAAUCUCAAACAUUAGGAAGUGCUGAGCAUGAAGCGCGAGAUCCUGGCAAUGCGCCUGCAGAAGCAUUAAAAGGCACGACUGGCAUCGAAAACAUCUCUAAAGCGUACGGUGCACAAGCUGUGGUGGUCUCGAUCGAUCCCAAGCGAGUGUACGUUUCGGAGCAAGAAGUGAAUGGACACGCACACGAGCGUAGCAUCGUCAGCGGGCUCGCAGGUACGGCGGACGAGGGCAAGUGUUGGUGGUAUCAGUGUACGGUAUCCGGAGGUAGAGAAGCAAAGGACUUGGAUGUGGUACAAUUGGCGCGCGGUGUGGUGCGGCUAGGGGCUGGAGAAUUGUUGAUCAACAGCAUAGAUAUGGAUGGACAAGGCAACGGCUUCGACAGGCAAUUGAUAGACUUGGUCAGAUCGAGCGUCAACGUCCCUGUCGUCGCCAGCUCAGGAGCAGGAUCCGCAAAACACUUUCAGGACGUCUUCGAGCCAAUGGUCUUGCGCAGCAAGGCCUCGGAGCCAGCGACGCCCAGCCCUUCAUCUGUCGAAGCUGCUCUGGCCGCUGGCAUCUUCCAUCGCAAGGAAGUCUCGAUCCAGGAAGUCAAGGAAUACCUCGCCAAAAACGGCUUCGAGGUGAGGAUAGAAGACACCCAAGAAGGUGCAGGUGCUCUAGUGAGCCAGGCUACCGAGGAUACCGGUCACGUUGCUAUCGCGUGAAUCGUCCAAGAAUCGCGCAGCGGCUCCAGCGCUUUGCGCACAAUAUCAAUCAUCAGAGGUCACCUGAGGUUAGCUAUAAUGAGAUUCCUCAAGCUGUACCGAUGCCGGUAGCGAGCGCAGGCACUUAAGUGGGCAGCGCAUGUGUGAAAGGGAUUGCGUACAACGAUUCGGCAGCGGUCAGUGCAAAAUAGGGAGCGGGCAGGUAGAAGAGGGGGCUGGGGCAACAAGUGUGACUCGCGGGAGUAUCGAGCAAAUGCUCCAAGGUAGGUCGGAGUCGUUUGCAAUGAAGAAAAGUUGAAACAAUGCGAAGCG